UCCCUGCCCCUCCUGCCUCCCGCCUUCCCGGGAGGGAGGCAGCGCCUCCAGCCGCUCCCCCAGCGGCCUCCCCUGUCCCCCGGGGACUUACCAAAAUCUCUGGUCCCCUCCUCCGGCGCCUCCUGGGUGAAAAUCCAGGGCGGGUUGGUGGCGUAGAGGGAGGUGUUGGGGGAGGUGGCAUGCUUCUUCCCGAAGAGUUUGCUGAAGGUGCCCUGCAUCGUCUGGUUCUUUUUCAUGCUGCCGCAGGCCGCGCGGGCGCCGGGGAAGGACGGUCCCUCCCGCGCCCUGCCCUGCCCCGGACCGAACUCCGCACGGUCUCCGCAGGGGACUCUACCGGGCCAUGUUCCCCGCCGUCCUCCCCGCCCGCGCACCGGGCGACAGGUGCUGCGGGCGCCGCCGCUCGCCGCGAAAUGCGAGCUACCUGCACAGGACUCACAGAAACCCUCUGUACCCAGCCACGGGCCAAAGAUACCAACGUGCAAGAACGUGAAGCCUCCACACCCACCCCUGUCCCGGACGUGGAAGCAGGACCGUGAACAGUCUCUGGCGGCGGCCUAUGUGCCGGUUGUGGUGGACUCGAGGGGACAGAACCCGGACAAGCUCAGGUUCAAUUUCUACACCUCCCAGUAUUCAAACUCCCUGAACCCCUUCUACACCUUGCAGAAGCCUACCUGUGGCUACCUGUACCGCCGGGACACUGACCACACCCGCAAGUGCUUUGAUGUGCCUUCUGCCAACCUGAUCUUGUGGCGCUCCUAGGCCCAUGCCAGCCGGAACCCCCUGACCCUGCACCCUCACUGCUGUGAACCCGGGUCCCAGAGGGGAGGGGCUGCUCACUCCAGGAGGAGUGACCUGUACCCGGGCUAGGAGAGCUGUGGCAUGCCUCCCUGUUGACAAUGGCAAAGGGAGGUCUUUCUUCUCAGCAGCAAUUAAAGUUUGUCCUCUCUU